CCACUUUUAAUUGAAGGAAGUUGCUUCUGUUUGGAGGUGGCUGGAGAAGUGAGAAAACCACAUGGAAGACUCCCAGGACUUAAAUGAGCAAUCAGUGAAGAAAACGUGCACAGAAUCCGACAUUUCAGAAGCUCAGAAUUCCAGGUCUAUGGAAAUGCAGGACCUCACAAGUCCUCAUCCUCUGGUUGGAAGUGGUGAUACUCCUGGUAGCUCCAAAUUGGAGAAGGCUAAUCUCAGCAGCACAUCUGUCACCACAAAUGGAACAGGAGUGUCUCUCCUUGCAGUCAAAACAGAGCCUUUGAACAGCAGUGAAGCGGCAACCACCACUGGAGAUGGAGCCCUUGACACUUUUACUGGGUCAGUAAUAACAAGUAGUGGCUACAGCCCCAGAUCAGCGCAUCAAUAUUCCCCACAGCUAUAUCCUUCCAAGCCCUAUCCACACAUUCUUUCUACACCAGCAGCUCAAACAAUGUCUGCCUACGCAGGCCAGACUCAGUAUUCGGGGAUGCAGCAGCCGGCCGUCUACACAGCCUACUCACAGACAGGACAGCCCUACAGCCUGCCCACUUACGAUCUGGGCGUGAUGUUGCCGGGCAUCAAGACGGAGAGUGGACUUUCACAGACUCAGUCCCCGUUACAGAGUGGGUGCCUCAGUUACAGCCCGGGGUUUUCCACCCCACAGCCAGGCCAGACACCUUAUUCUUACCAGAUGCCAGGUUCUAGUUUUGCGCCAUCAUCUACUAUUUAUGCAAAUAAUUCAGUCUCCAAUUCAACGAAUUUUAGCGGUUCACAACAGGAUUACCCAUCCUACACAGCCUUUGGCCAAAACCAGUAUGCCCAGUAUUACUCAGCAUCCACGUAUGGAGCAUAUAUGACAUCAAAUAACACAGCUGAUGGCACAUCAUCCUCGACCUCAACCUAUCAGUUGCAGGAAUCUCUCCCGGGACUGACUAGCCAACCAGGUACAGAUCUUCAUCCAGAGUUUGAUACCGUGCAAAGCCCCUCCACACCUAUCAAAGAUCUUGAUGAGAGAACAUGCAGGAGUUCUGGGUCAAAAUCCCGAGGAAGAGGCCGGAAAAAUAAUCCCUCCCCGCCUCCUGACAGUGACCUGGAGCGUGUGUUUGUCUGGGACUUGGAUGAAACCAUCAUUGUUUUCCACUCACUGCUCACAGGGUCUUAUGCCCAGAAGUAUGGCAAGGAUCCCCCCAUGGCUGUAACCCUGGGACUCCGAAUGGAGGAAAUGAUUUUUAAUCUUGCUGAUACACAUUUAUUUUUUAAUGAUUUAGAGGAGUGUGAUCAAGUUCAUAUAGAUGAUGUUUCCUCUGAUGAUAAUGGGCAGGACUUAAGUACCUACAGUUUUGCAACUGAUGGCUUCCAUGCAGCUGCAAGUAGUGCAAACCUUUGUUUGCCAACAGGUGUAAGAGGAGGGGUUGACUGGAUGAGGAAGUUGGCUUUUCGUUACAGAAGAGUAAAAGAAUUAUACAACACCUACAAGAAUAAUGUUGGAGGACUCCUUGGCCCUGCCAAGAGAGAUGCAUGGCUCCAGUUAAGGGCAGAGAUCGAAGGUCUGACAGACUCCUGGCUAACAAAUGCACUUAAAUCCUUAUCAAUUAUUAGUACUAGGAGUAACUGCGUAAAUGUCUUGGUAACGACAACCCAACUGAUCCCAGCACUCGCGAAGGUUCUACUCUAUAGUUUAGGAGGUGCUUUCCCCAUUGAGAAUAUUUACAGUGCAACUAAAAUAGGAAAAGAAAGUUGCUUUGAACGAAUAAUGCAAAGGUUUGGCAGAAAAGUAGUAUAUGUUGUAAUUGGGGAUGGUGUAGAAGAAGAACAGGCAGCAAAAAAGCACAACAUGCCCUUUUGGAGGAUAUCAAGUCACUCAGACCUCUUGGCUCUGCAUCAAGCACUGGAAUUAGAGUAUUUGUAA